AUGGCCCAGGGGAUGGGGAGUGAUCGGCAUGAAUCUCUGAUGGCGGAGCUUGAGGAGAUUGGGAGGAGCAUGAGGUCGUCUUUUAGACUCCACAACCCAAGCUCUCGCCGGAGCUCUGGCGCCUUCUCGGCCAGGGACCAAGAUGAAGAGUACGAACUGCAGUGGGCUGCGAUCGAGAGACUGCCUACGUCAGACCGCCUGAGGUCAGCGCUGUUCUGGCGUCCAGAUGAUGUGGAAGGGGAAGGGGAGGAAAGGAAGAGGGAAGCGGUUGAUGUUACUAAGCUCGGGGCCUUGGAGAAGCACCUAUUCAUCGAGAGUUUGAUUAAACACAUCGAAGAUGACAAUCUACGGCUGUUGCAGAGGCAGAAGGAGAGAAUAGAUAGGUAACAGUUUUAGUUUUCCAAUUCUAUAUCUGUAAAUGAAUGAAUGAAUGAAUGAAUGAAUGAAUGAAUGAAUGGAUGAGGAAACAUGCCAUGCCGUGUUGAACCAAUGCAUUAAACUUCACAACUGAGGGAAGAAUUUGGCGGGUCAAUGAUGAUAAGUAGAACAAUUGAAGGAUGAACCAGCAUGGGGUGGAAUAUGUCGGAACCCAUUUUCCAAGAAAUCUGCACUCAAAUUAACUGCGUCUGAGAAAUAGAAGAGCAAUGGGUGAGCUUGUAGUUUUGCAUGAAUAGUCCACAGCACUUAAAGAAGCAUUUACUGGUGGUGAAAUAUUAGAAAUACAGAAGAGGAAAAAUAAGCAAACGCAGUAUGAAAUCCACAACGAUUCAUCAGAAAAAACUCCACUCACUGAGUGUGCUCAAUAGCAUACAACUGAGUGUGCUCGCAGUUCUGCAUGAAUCUUAUUGCACAACUGAAUAAGAAUUUUUUAGAACAAUGAUAGUAAGCAGAGUAGAUAAGCAUCAGCAUGAACAGGAUAAAUAUGCCGGAAUUCAUUUAAUGGAAAUCCGCAUUCGAAUUCAUCACGUUUGGGAAAUAGCAGAGUGAGGAGUGUGCUUGUAUUUUUUUCUAUGAAUAUAGUUUCUGGUUAAUGACUAUAGAUCCAGUAGCUAAUUCUAUGCAAACAAGGGAUUAAAACUAUCCCGGAAUUCAUUGGCAGAAAUCUGCGUCCAAAUCGAAUUGUUUUUAAGAAGCAAUAGAGUUGAUGAUUGUGCAUGUAUUUUCUGAUGAACACCGUUUCUCUCCACGACAAAGUGCAGAGUCAAUGUGAAAUUGCCCACCAUCGAGGUCAGAUAUGAGAAUCUGACGGUAGAGGCAGAGUGUGAAGUGGUUCAAGGGAAGCCCCUGCCAACCUUGUGGAAUACCACCAAGAGCUUCUUCCUGGUGAGUAGAACCCCUCCAUCAGAAGGUUGUUGUUUCCUUUCUCGCACUAAACUAACAUUUAAGGUAAAUAUCUUGGGUAGCUAUUUCUCGGGGUUCUUCGCAUUGAAUUGACGGCUCCAUAGCGCUCUAUUAGUUUUAAUUCAAUUUUUAAUACCAAUGAGUUAUUUGAUUCUUCAAAUUUCAUUUACUGUGGAGCUUUCCAUGGAACAGAACUUGGCGAGGUUGCCCUGCAUAAAAACUCGAGAAGAAAAUAUCACAAUCAUAAAAGAUGUCAGCGGUAUUAUCAAACCUUCCAGGUACGCACACCAGGAACACCAUUCAAUUUCCUGAAUGCAGAGACCAUUUUUUUUUUAUCCGGGUCUUCACUAUUUUUUCUUAAUACUGCAUAUAAACAAUCAUUCACCCAUUUUUAUAAUUCCCAUUUAAUGGGAUUUCCACAAAAAAAAUAUGUGAAAAUGAGAAUGUUUUGGCUGCAGGAUGACUUUAUUACUCGGACCUCCAGGAUGUGGGAAAACCACCUUCUUACUGGCGCUUGCAGGGAAACUGGACCAGUCUCUCAAGGUUUCAUUUCUUCUAGUUUCGACAGAAAUAAAGAAAAUAAUACUCAUAAGGUUCCCUAUUUCAUAUAAAAUGCUUGCUUCAAAUGAUCCGUAAAGCCUUGGUUUUCUUGUAGUUUCUAAAAUAUCCCUUUACUCAUGAAACUAUAUUUAUGUUUGGUUCCAAUAACUUUAUUCUUUGGAAAUGACUGAGCACAUUCGGAUUUUAUCCUGUCUCACCCAUGCAAAACUAGGUCUUUGUAUAGGUGAUGAUACCCAGCUUAUACCUCAUAGCCUUGGAUGCCUAUGUUUGUUGAUUAGAAAAUAACUUCUCUCCUGAACUCCAUGAACAUAAAGGCAUCUAGAUGGGUCACUUCAUUGGAUACUUAGCUAUAAAAUAACAGAACUAGUUAUCACUUUUCACCAGGCCCCAAUCUAGAUCUAACUGGGCCGAAGACUCCUGUGGGCUUUUGAGUCCACAGACAUUCAAAUGCCUUGCUAUCGCUUCUUUCUGGAGCAUAGGAUCAUCUCCAGCCUAGAAAAUGGAAGGAUGACUAAGGUUACUAACGUGGGCACCCUCUGCGCUCAUUUGCAUGUGGGGAAUGAUUGUAAACCACUCAAUCGCCUAAAGGGCCCACAUUCUAAACAGCUCGCUAACACGCUAACCUGAGGGUGGGCAUAUUCCAGUAGACUUUGUAACACUCUCUUUGUUGCUUGUCCACGACGUUGAUGAAUUUUCUAAUUGGCUGCUGCCAUCAUUGGGAAUCUUCACAACCAUACCCUCCGGUUUUGAUGCCCACCCGCUUGACAGUAAUUCGGAACACUGGCUGCUAAAAAAUCAUAUCCAACCUUGACGUAAAAAUGAGAACUGGAGAAUAAGAUCAAUACCUUGGGGUCUAGCAGUAGAAGCCACGGCCAACCCCCAAAUCCGCAGUUUUAGAAGAGCACAUCAUCAUUGACUUUCCCAAUUCAUUCUGUGUAUGAUAUCAGUGUGGCCAUUGCAUCUCUACCUUUAUCAAUCAUGUCCUCAUAGAAUAUGCCUGGUAAAGGUGGGAAACUUCCCAUCUGUGAGAAAAAAUAGUCAAUACAACAAGUCUCUUCAGCAGUUCUUGCAAUUCAAAUGCUUAAAAGAUUUUUUAACAUACUGAACCUCCAGGUUUCCGGAGAAGUUUCUUACAAUGGCUUGAAACUAGACGAGUUUGUUCCUGCAAAGACAUCAGCUUAUAUCAGUCAAUAUGAUCUUCAUAUACCGGAGAUGACAGUAAGGGAAACUCUGGACUAUUCAGCACGAUUUCAGGGCGUUGGAAGCAGAGCAGGUACAUAUAUUGACGAUGCUUAAACUUUGAACAUGUUGACUAACCUCUAAAACUAAAUGGCACUUCUUUGUGAAGAAAUAAUGAAGGAAGUUAGUAGAAGAGAGAAGCAGGCGGGAAUUAUUCCGGACUCGGAAAUCGACACCUACAUGAAGGUAGAAUGAUCUCCUGAGACUUGGAAUUUUAUGAAAAAUUAUGGAUCAUUCAAUUGGAAUGAGCAUUUUUGCAGUUUCAACCCAUGAAACUAUAGGAGAUAUUCAUAAUAUAAACUGCAUAAAUGUAAUAUAAAUUAUUCCAUGUCGCAAGUGUUUAUUUGGUGAACUUUCUGAGCAUCAAUACCUGAAAAAGAGCUUCCUGAAACAGGCAAUAUCUGUGGAGGGACUAGAACGAAGCCUGCAAACAGACUACAUUUUGAAGGUAAUAUUUUUUCCAAGAAAAUGAAGUUACACUUUGAGUGACUGAGACUAAAAUAAUAUACAGAAUUUAUACCACAUUCUGGGUUCAGGUAUCCAAAACAGCAGAAGAGAAGACAUACGACCACCCACUGUGUAUGAGUAAUAAGUUGAACGACUUAGUGAAAAAAUGACUCACCACUUGUUGGACGUCCAUCCCCAAAUAGUUCACCUGCAUGUCGGACAACAUAAACCAUUCCAAUUCUGUGUUCCACACAGUAAUUUUUCAGUUUCAAUUAAAAGUUGUUGGAAUUUUUUUUGAAGUAAAAGGUUAAUUUCUGCAUCUAUGUCCCAUUACUUUUGCUGACGACACCCCCACAAUAAAGAAAGGUGCAGGUUAGUGCGUUCAAAGUAGCUAGAUCUUUGACACUGAAACAACAAGUCGUGGGUGACUUAGUGCAAAGCAUCUGGGUAUCUUCAUCAGGGUGAAUAGUAUCCACUGUUUGAUUUAUAUACGUCAUGCACAAAUCCUUAUUGUGAGUAAUACAAAAUGCAGCAGUUUACUGCAUUGUGGGUUUUUUAGAUUGAAUGAGAUCCAUAAAGAGAGUGAAGGCAAAGAUAAGGUUUCUAUGACAGUGCUAAUGAAGGCGAGAAAUAACUUUUCCAGCUUUCACAGGUGUCUGAAUUCCUAAGCCAUCUUCAACAUUCUGUUGAUCAGGGCUGUGCCUUAAAACCAUGCAUCCAGAAGCUCAGUUUUUGUAACUUUGACGGAUCAUCAAAUCCUGACAGAAUAUAUCUAUUACAUUUUGGCCUAAAACAGAUCAUGGGUAUCGACAUAUGUGCAGACACAAUGGUUGGUGAUUCCAUGACAAGAGGGAUCUCAGGUGGACAAAAGAAAAGAUUGACAACAGGUAAAUGUUCCAUCUCUUGUGUCAAAGCUUUGUUUGGUGAAGAUAUCCUGUAUUAACAACAUAAGACUAGUACACGUAGGUUAGUCCUUGCUGGUGAAAAUCUGUGAACGUGAUUGUAAAUAAGCAUCUGCUCCGACUAAACCAUUUAUUUUUUCAUGUGAUUGCCACCAUUGGAUCUUUCAGGGGAGAUGAUUGUUGGUCCAACAAAAGCUCUUUUCAUGGAUGAAAUUUCAACUGGUUUAGACAGUUCCACAACAUUUCAGAUAGUAAAGUGGCUCCAGCAAUUAGCGCAUAUUACGGAGGCUACUUUACUGGUUUCUCUUCUUCAGCCAGCACCAGAGACAUAUGAGCUAUUUGAUGACGUUAUAUUAAUGGCAGAAGGAAAGAUUGUCUAUCAUGGUCCCCGAGAUCAUAUUCUUGAGUUUUUUGAAGAGUGCGGUUUCAGGUGCCCAGAGAGAAAAGGAGCAGCAGAUUUCCUCCAGGAGGUAGGAAAAAUAUUUUCAUUGGCAAUGCCUCUUCGUUGAAAGCCAACUAUUUAUAUUGUUUUCAGGUUUUAUCCAGAAAAGAUCAAGGACAGUACUGGUGCCACACAGACAAACCCUACAGCUAUAUUUCUGUUGAUUAUUUCUCUAAGAAGUUCAAAUCACACAAGCUUGGAAGAAGUUUACAAGAGAAGGUUUCAGAAUCAUACAAGUCCCAAUCAGACAAGAAUGCUCUAUCCUUUAGUGCUUACUCUUUGACCAGAUGGGAAUUAUUUAAGGCUUGCGUAGCAAGAGAAUAUCUUCUCAUGAAACGGAAUUCAUUUGUGUAUGUAUUUAAAACAACUCAGGUAACAAUUAGAAAAGAACAAAAACUGAGUUCAAAGUUACAGCCCCCUCAAAGCCUUUGUAGCUCAUGUUUGACACCUGUCUUUCUCUUUCAGCUUAUGAUUGUUGCUUUCAUUACAAUGACCAUUUUCUUACGUACUCGGCUGAGGGUUGACGUGAUUGAUGCAAAUUACUACAUGGGCUCCCUGUUCUAUUCACUUGUUUUGCUCAUGGUGAAUGGAUUUCCUGAAUUGUCCUUGACAGUUUCAAGGCUGCCUGUUUUCUUUAAACAAAGAGACUUCUACUUCUACCCUGCAUGGGCAUAUGCUAUUCCAGCAUCUGUCUUGAAGCUUCCUAUUUCACUGGUCGAAUCAUUCAUUUGGACAGGUAUAACCUACUAUGUUAUUGGCUACAGCCCCGAGGCGGAAAGGUAGGUGUAACAUUUCCUAUUCUAGUGAUUGUGGAUUGGAAAUAUUUUCUAUUCUAGUGGUUGAAUUUUUCGUCCUGUAACUUCAUUUGAUGAAUUCUUAGGUUCUUCCGUCAAUUCCUCCUACUUUUCUGCGUUCACCAAAUGUCAAUAUCCUUAUUUCGUCUCAUUGCUGGACUUUGUCAAACUGCUGUUGCUGGUAUAACAAGUGGUAUCUUCUUGUUGCUAGUGAUCUUUCUAUUCGGUGGUUUCAUCCUACCAAAACGUAAGUUUGAGUCCACAUUUUCUUGUGCUUUGCCACAAAUAAAAAAACAAAGAUGGGCAUAAAUUGGUUUUGUUGCUGCAGCCUCCUUACCGGUUUGGUUGGCAUGGGGAUUCUGGCUUUCACCGAUGACAUAUGCUGAAAUAGGGCUAAGCAUAAACGAAUUCCUUGCCCCACGUUGGGAAAAGGUAAAUCAAGACUUAUUCUCCUAUUAUGAACCUGGGAGCAUGAUUAUUUUUCUACUUGGAUAAUCAACUGACACAAUUUAAUGUCAAUAUCCACAGCUCUCCCCAGCAAAUAUACCUAUAGGGAAGCAAAUAUUGACGAGUCGGGGACUAGACUACAAAAGUCACUUUUAUUGGAUAUCAGUGGCAGCACUAAUCGGCUUUUCAAUACUGUUUAACGUUGGAUUUGCUUUGUCCUUGACGUUUUUAAAAUGUAUGAAUAGGACUCCUCUAACCCUGCUGUGUUUUACGGCCUUCAGUUCAUAAUCUAUUCUCCAUUUUCUCCUACACUCUCUAAAGUAUCUUAUCAUUCAGCUCCUGGCAGAUCCCGUCCCAUCAUUUCUUGGGAGAAGCUUUCUGAACUGAGAGCACGAGAAAACCAGACUACACCUGAAAAUCACAAGGAUGAUGAGACUAUCGCUUCCCAGGAAGACACAAACGAGCCAAAAACAGCUGGUGAGUUCUGAAUGCUAUGCUUUCUCAAUGAAAUGAAAAACGAUUGGCGAAUAGAAACAUUACAGGCAGUACAGGAUAAACAUACUAACUCUCAGGGGUACCCUGGUUGACAUUGCAGAGAAGAUGGUUUUACCGUUUGAUCCCCUUGCAGUAACAUUUCAAAAUGUGCAAUAUUACGUUGACACUCCACAGGUAUCUUAAUGGUUAACACAAACAGUAUGACACAACACGAGGCAAAAUAAUACAUUACAGUUUAUAAUGUUGCGUCCUGACACAGGAAAUGAAGGAACAAGGUCAUACCGAGAAGAAACUUCAACUGCUCCAUGAUAUUACAGGAGUGUUCCGACCAGGUAUUCUUACAGCACUGAUGGGCGUCAGUGGAGCGGGAAAAACAACCCUCAUGGAUGUUCUUUGUGGAAGGAAAACUAGUGGUUUCAUUGAGGGAGACAUAAGGAUUGGAGGGUACCCUAAAGUCCAAGCAACAUUUGCUAGAGUAUCUGGUUACUGUGAACAGACAGACAUACAUUCGCCACAAAUCACUGUGGAAGAAUCCUUGAUGUAUUCAGCAUGGUUACGUCUUCCACCGGAAAUUGAUCCAAAAACAAGAGCAGUAAGUUAAUCCCAACAUGUCCAACUAUUAACUAUCCAUCCCAAAAGUUUUGAAUCCCCUUUAAUUCAAACAUGCUACAUUGAACUACAUUUCAUACUCUCAUAUUAAGUGCGACGUGAUGUCAUGUUCAGGCAUUUGUAAAUGAGGUCCUGGAAACCAUUGAACUCGACAAGAUUAAAGAUGCUUUGGUGGGUAUAGCUGGUGUCAAUGGUCUAUCCACUGAGCAGCGAAAACGAUUGACAAUUGCAGUGGAGCUUGUUUCCAAUCCCUCCAUAAUAUUUAUGGAUGAACCUACUUCAGGGUUGGAUGCCAGAGCAGCAGCAAUUGUCAUGCGCGCGGUGAAGAAUGUUUCUGCAACAGGAAGAACAGUGGUCUGUACGAUCCACCAGCCAAGCAUUGAUGUUUUUGAGGCAUUUGACGAGGUACUAAUAUAAAUGUUGCUACUAGAUUCUGGCAGUUUUAAAUACAUUAUUGAAAAGUUGGAUCUACAACCUAGCAUUGAUAACCGACUGGUUAAAACUGAUAUCGUUUCUAGACUAAAAAUGUUGACAGUGGAUUGAAAAAGUAGCCUAUCACAAGAAGCCUUCCCAUAAGUUUUUGCCUAAACAGUCCUGCCUUGAUUGGGAACACGAACGCCAGUUUAAGUAUAUGGUCCUACUUUGCCAGUUUUCAAUUAGUUUUGAAUUAGAUAACUCAAUCCUUUAGAAUGGUACCAAAGCACCAUGCUCUAUCUCUCGAUGGUGCAUACAAUAUUUAUAUUGUCUACUUGUCAUAACAUAAAAAAGCAUGUCAACAUGUGAGAGGACAUGUUUCAAUAGUCCUACACUGUCUAAAAACAAAGAAUAUAUGAGCUUAUUCGAACCAUUGCGAACUAAAUAUCUAUAUGAAAUUACAAACUUAUUUCCAGAAGGUGGUCCAUCUCAGCGAAAUGUUCAUAUGAAAAGUUUGGCCUGAAUGACACCACCAUUAUUAGAAUAGAAAAUUGCAAUUAAUAGGAAAGUGAACCUCAAAAACCUAAAUAGUGGCAUGUGAUGGAGCAUAGGUUCUCACACUAAAUAGUGGGAUGUGAUGGAGCACAUCAAGCCUAACUAAACGUAUGGUUCACUCUUCUUGCAGCUUAUGCUAAUGAAAAGAGGUGGGCGGCUGAUCUACGCUGGACAAUUAGGACAGCAUUCAAAAAAUGUGAUUGAAUACUUUGAAGUAAGUUCAACUCAGCCAUUCUCAAUUCUUUGUCUGCAUCAACAAGUGCAUAGAUAGGCAGGUUAUGUUAGGCUUUUAUAUACCGGCUUGUCCUUCGUGCUUAAAUUUUCACUUGCAUUGAUCACAAAUCUAGAAUGAUAUACCUUAGCCGAUUGUAAGAUACCUUUCUAGGAUGAUCACAAAUCUAGCAUGAUAUUUUUUUACUUAUUGUUUUGCUUAUAAAAAACAAUUUACUUCCCAUUUGAGACAUUAAUAAAAACUAAAACUGAAAAAACUAGGCGAUUUGCUUUUAAACCCAGCUUGCUAUUUCACUUGCUUACAAAUAGCACUGUUCAAAAGAAAAAGAUUUGUGUAAAUUUUUAAUCAUAGAACUAAUCACUGAAGCAAAGUUUCCUUGGCUAAUGCUUGUUAACCAUGGCUAUUGAGAAGAAAAGAAUAUGAACGUUAGUCUAACAUUACUAAAAUAUAUGGAGUGUAACCGUGAUGAUGAAAAUGACCAGGAAAAAGCUACAACUGAUGGAGAAAAAAUCUGCGUUAUUAUAUAUUUCAAAACCAGCGCUGACCAUGUAAUAACAUAACAAUGAGAUCAGUGACACUAUCAACAUGAUUGGGGAGCAUUAUGGGAUCUAGGAUACUAUUUAAUUGAUGGGUCAGAAAUCAAUAUUCUCCAAAAAUCAGACAGAGUAGUAAAAAAUGAACAGUGGAAUAGUAUGAAAAUCACAAGGCCAAGCUAAACUGAUAGGUCGUGGCAGACGAAACAAUGACUCAUACGUGAAGAUUCUAAUUGAAAACAGGAAGGGUCGUCAUAUAGAUGUAACCUGAAAAAUCUGUGCUCUAACAUAUAAAGGCAAGAACAGCAAUAUCUCUAGCUGGAACGGGAAAGCUGAGAAGAGCAAUGAAAUAUGAAUAUAUAUGGAAGAGACUGGAGGAUACUCUCUCAGAACAUUUGUUGAUUAGAAAGCCUUACAGAAAAAAAUUGAAAUUUGGGGCUCACGAGAACUGCUGAUAAGUUGGCACACGUACUUGUUGGCAAAAACAUUAACGUUAUGCUAUUUAAAUAACAGCAUAAUUUCACUACGAAUCUGUGAGGACUGGUUGUACUUUGUUUGAAAGACAAAUGAUGCAUGCCACCGAAAAAGUCCUAAAAUUCGUGAAGCAUAUGAGGGAAUGGAGGCGAUAUAAAAUGUUAUCUUUUAGUAUAAGCGCUGCAUUUCUGAAGAAACCAUAGAACACUGGUCUGAACUGAAAUUCAAAUACGGAAUUUACCUUUAGCUCUCUGAAAUGAGUGAUGCCAUGAAUUACUACAAAGUUUAAGGCAAUUCCUUUCUUGUUUGAUACAUCAUGAGUUAUCCCAUUAUAUGUCCUUUCUUCAGGUAGCAUUUAAUUUUUCAGCUGUUAUGUAUGAUCCUUGCCAUUAUAUGUUCGAUGUUUAUCCCACCUGGCUUCUCUUGAGACAUAUCCUCAUGAUAUUUCAUAUACCAGGGUAUUUCAGGUGUGCCAAAGAUUAAAGACAAUUACAACCCAGCAACAUGGAUGCUUGAAGUUACGUCAACAACUAUGGAGAUGAAACUUGGCGUAGACCUUUCACAGCUCUACAAAGAUUCGUCCAUAUACAAGUUAGAAAACUUUCCGGCCCAUAUAUACCAGUCACUUAUUCCGUAUGAGCUUGAUACGAUAAAAUCAAUUAGUUUGUCUAAUAGCGUUCAUGUCAACGGCAAUAAACCAUAUGAGCUAAAAAAGGCCAGAGACCAAGCUAUCAAAACUUGGCUAGGUUAGGAUGGCAAAAAUGGAAAAGCUGGACCCUUCUUUCGUCGAUAUUAUUUCUAUGGAUGGUGAUGAUAACAGCAGUGAAAGGUAGACCUUAGGAAUAGAAGGGGAUCUGCUACCUUGAACUAGCAUUUUGCCGUUCGCAUGAUGUUUAUAAAGAGAUCAUUGAUAAAAAGGGGAAUCAGGUCAGUCUACACAGAUGGUAGUUAGCUGACAGCUAUCCUGGAAUAAUUUACCCCGAAGAUCUGUGAGAUAUGAAACCUCGGUUGCGCCAAUUAUGAAAAAAAUGUUCUCUAGUUGAGUUACAUGCUACUAUUUUUGUUAUGCAACAGGCAAGUUCAGCAGCAAUUUAUUGACAAGUAAAAUGUGUAAGUACUGUUUGAUUUUGUGCAGGAACAACUUAGACCUUGUUCAGCAACAUAGCAAACCUCCACAGGGUUCAAAGGACUUGCACUUCCCAACAAUUUUCCCACAAAAUUUUUGGGGCCAAUUCAGAGCUUGCUUAUGGAAGCAAUCCUUGUCCUACUGGAGAAGCCCUCAAUACAACUUGGUGCGCCUAAUAUUUGUAGCCAUCUUAUCAAUAGCACUCGCAGCAGUUUUCUGGCAGCAUGGAAGAACAUUGUAAGUUUUCAAUAAUUCGGCAUUUGGGCAUCUUUCUGUUGAUGAAUUUAGUGAACACAAUAUCUAGUGAGACCACAGAAAAAAAGGAAACUAGAGACUCUAAUCUUUGGCUGAGUACAAUAGUACCAUGAAUGCAUACUGACAACUACAAGCCCAGAGGAUAAAUUCUUAGUCCAAGAAAUCGUAGGAUGGAUACAAAUUAAGCUGGGACGAUUUAUUGAAUUUUUCUUAAAAAAAUGGGAAGACUCUGUGCUCUGAAGAAUGCAGGAAACCCAGCAGGAUAAUUGGCUGUGAAGAUCAAUUAAAAAAGUAUCCACAAAAAUAUUUUUACUCUCUGAUUUUUGUCUUAGUAUCUUAUGCAUGAAAAAUAGAAAGAAAAGACAACAAGACGAUUGCACUUCACGAAACCCAAUUCAAUAACUCAUCCUAAAAUUAUCAACAUAAAAUCUAUAGCUCAUGCUUGCAUUUUAAUUCCUACUGCCAUGACUAAUACCUGAUUCUUUCUGUGUGAAGAAACAACCAACAGGAUUUGUUCAACAUGCUAGGAUCAAUGUUCAUUGCCAUGAUCUUUUUGGGAAUAAACAACUGUUCAUCAGUUCUACCGUUCAUUGCAAUCGAGCGAAAUGUCGUGUAUCGGGAAACAUUUGCAGGAAUGUACUCUUCCUGGGCCUAUGCCUUUGCACAGGUGCACCCACCUUUAACGUAUAAAAUUUUCUCUCUUUGGAUCAUCCAUUCAAGACCACUGUUUUUUUCUGCCUAUCUUAGCUAAUAUUACACUUCUCUUUUCAGAUGGCCAUUGAGAUUCCCUAUGUAUUUGUCGAAGCAGUAGUGUUUAUGGGUAUUGCAUACUCAGGAAUUGGAUUCUACUGGUCUUCCUACAAAUUCUUUUGGUUCUUCUACACAAUCUUCUGCACACUGCUUUACUUUAAUUAUCUAGGGAUGCUCCUUGUGUCAUUGACACCAAAUAUUCAAGUGGCAUCUAUUUUAGCAUCCGCAUUCUAUUCAAUGAUGAAUCUCUUCUCGGGCUUCAUUGUCCCUGGACCAGUAAGUACUCCAUAAACAAUUUAUAUUACCUUGUUUUUCUGUUUCUACAUCUCAUUCUUUGAGACUCAAAGCUUCAUAUUCUCAGAAUCGGAUUAGGAGACUACGUCACAUGUAGAAGACUGUAGAAUUUUUAUGAUUCUAAGAGGAUACAGAAAACAAACUCUUUAACCUGUUCUGUGUAAUAUCCAAAAGAGAAAGUAAGCUGUCAAAUGAAAUAGCUUUUGAAGAAGAUGAGUGAGAUCUGGGGGCUGAUGACCAAAAAAAUAAAUAAAUGCAUUUCUUCAUUCAAGAUUCAUUGUAUUACAAACUACUAAUUUUACUCAUUCUUGUUACUAACUUGCAGCAAAUUCCAAAGUGGUGGAUCUGGUUCUAUCACAUCUGCCCAACAUCCUGGACUCUGAAUGGACUCUUCAUUUCACAAUAUGGGGACAUAGCCAAGGAGAUUACAGUAUUCGGAAAAUCAAAGUCGAUUGGGUCCUUCAUAGAUGAUUACUUCGGGUUCCACCGAAACCAACUCCCUCUUGUGGCUGUCCUCCUCGUUCUUUACCCUCUCGUCAUCGGUUCUCUAUUCUCAGUUUGUAUAGGGAAGGUAAAUUUCCAGAGGAGGUGA